CUAUCGCGCAAGCGCUUAUGCUCCCAUCCCUAAAUUCGCGGGCACACGUUUUCUUGGUUGAUUGUUGACAAAUUUAUAACAUUUUACAUUGUAAGGAUAUAACGCAAGGAUGGACGAGGAUGCAGAGAUUAUGCAACUGGAUAACGUGGAGUGUGAGGUGUGUGGCGAAAAGACCUUCCAGCAGCGGGAGGGCUACUACUACUGCAUCGAAUGCGGCACCCAAAAGCAACACAUUCGAGCGGUGGAUCUGACGGCGGAGGAAAACUUCAACGAGACGGUCACCCGGAGAACUAUCCGCCAGCCAAAGGAUGAAUCCAAGACGAAGGACGUCGACAUCACCUCGUGGGAGUUCUACAACUACGUGUUGCGCGGCUUCCUGCAGGAUCUGCUCAAUAUGGGAGCGAAGCCCGAACUGAAACUGAUGACCCUGCAGGUGUGGGCAGCCUACAUGGGCCGUAUGGAGGUGGCCUUUUGCAAUAAGAACGCUCUGGGAUUGCCCAAAUUGAACGUCCGGGUGCUGCACAGGGAUGCUCUUAUAAUCUACAACCGCAAACGGGCGAAAAGAACAAAUGCGAAGAAGAACUCCGCCCUCGGUCCCAUCGAUGACUCUUCGAAAAAGAGGAUGUGGAACAAAACAAAGCGAAAACUUGAUGCCUCGGGCUAUACACAGCCCACGAAUCCAGCGGAAUCCGUGGGAAAGCAAAGCGUUGGUCUGCAGUGGUCCAUGAGUGCCCGCAAGUCUCUAAAGAAACAGAUGACACUGAAACACCUGGACAAGCACAGCCAGGACGACGGCAGCAGCAUGAUGUGCCAUGGACUGAGACCAAAGGUCACCAGCUUGAACUACUUUGACAGGAAUAUCUAUGCCCUAAACAUCACAAAGCUGUACGUCGUACUGGCCAUUGCUUUGAACAUGGUGGAGGAUGACAUCCAGCUAUCGGACCUUGUACGUUUUAUUCAAGAGGAGCACCUUACCAGUCGCAGCAUCCUCACUUACCUGCCGGACAACUUGGCCAGCAAGGGAAAGGCCUUGAUCAAGGAAAUGGAGUUUGGCAACAACAAGGAUAAGUGUACUUACAAGUUCCUUCGGAAUCACGUUGGUUAUGUGGCUCGGUUCGUAGACCUGACUGCCUUCCAAACCCCCAAUCUGUUGUCCUUGGCGGAGCGGUACAUUUUGGAACUGGGACUGCCUCCUCGACUUGUUAAUUACGUCGGCAGCCUUCUUAAGCUGUAUCCACCUACAUUCAGGACAUUUAGUCCCUAUGGCUAUCCCCGCUACGAGGCGAGGGUAAUGGCCUACAUUCUGUACGUCUUGAAGCUGCUCUUCGGCCUGGACGACAGCAAGGAGGUAAAAAUAUCCGAGUCCGCCGCUGACAUCAACAACAGAAUGAGAAAAAAGGGAAACGGAGCUCCGUUCCUAUUUGUGUUCACCGAGUGGAUGCAGUUUGUGGAGCUGCGGAAAGUAUUUAUUUCUCGCUACAACCAAAGUUUCGCGCGGCGCUUCAGGGAGACCAAAACGAUGUCUGGCCAAGUGGAUGAGAUUCUGUCCAAGGAGCGCAAGCAAAAGGAGCAGGACUACAGCUAUGCGGAAGUUCCAAAAAAUCCAGCACUGCUGCGUCAGUACGAGAACCUGACCCUUAUGGUUGAGAAGCUGUUGAAGGAGAGCUUUGGCGAGUCCAGUUCCGAGAGCAUCAAAAAGGAGCACAUUGAGUUCCAGCACAGCCUGACCCCAGCCCACUCGUACUUCCAGCGCAUCCUGUUGGAGGACUCGCGGUCUGAGGGCGAAAAGUUAGGAAUUCAAAUCCCCGACUGCAUGCGCGUGAAUCACUCCCAGCGGGAUCUGGAUCCUUUUAUCUUGGAAACAGACAACCUCUCCCACAGGCUGUCUGAAAAAGGAUUUAAACUGAUGGUAGAAGAACUGCCUGGUCAGGAGGAGUUCCACAACGUGGGUCUGUUCUAUCCCUUGACAUACUAUCGACCGAAGAACCAGGAGUUUCGGGCCAACUUUGACAUCAAAACGAGUACGUAUCUGGAGGAGAUCAACAAAAAGGAGAAGCGUCCGGACUUUCGCUUCCGCUUGGCCAAUGCCACCUACGGGAAAUCAUAUCUGGCCCGAAAACAGCUCUCGCAGUCAGCGAAAUUUAAUAUGGGGAGGGAGGACAACCCGUACACCCAAAUGGGUGAUCCUCCGAAGUACCUUCUCAAGAUAAACGAAGACAAGAUACUGCUGGACAGUCUCAGCUCCCUGCAGACUUUUAGGGAUCAGAGUAUGGAUCCACUGAACGUCCCUCUGGAUCAGCCACGACGUAACCUGGAGACGCCAUCAGUUUCUGGCUCCGAGCCCAAAACGGAGCCGAAUGAUAAUGAAAAUGGUGAUCGGGAGCAAGAGGAAAUAGUUCUGAAUGUGUCCAACUUUGAUUGCUGGCUACUACAUGGGUACAUGGCCAAAAUUAGGGACUCCGACAAACGGCAGCUGCGCCAGCUUUUCCCCUACUCCUUUCGGUGGCUGCUGGAGUACUGUGCCGCCACCAUCGAUGUUAGCUGGGAUGUGCUCUACGAGCAGCUCCUUGUCCUGGAGGUGAUGUUCCACCACAGCAUCAAGGACUGGGGCGAGUACAAGCGAGUGCUGAGAAUCGAUUACGCCAGUGCGAAUAAGGACCUCACCUCACUGUCCCGAAACUUGAAAGACUUUUGGUAAAUUUUGAAGAGUCGGAAUGUUAUUAUUUUUACAUUUAUUUUACGUUAUCUUUAAGUUGCUUUAAUUAUAAAUUGUAAUUGAUUGAAGCCUAAUUUUAUAGGCUCUACAGAUGCCUUAGAUAUUAUUAGACGAUAUUGAUGGGAAUAGAUACCUCUACUUGACCCCAUUUAUGUUUAUUUCUAGUUCUUUUUAUAUUAUUUCGGGGAGGAAUUAUUUUCUAUUUCUAGUUCGUGGAUUAUUUGUUUUCUUUCGAUUAUAUGAUUAUACAAAAUAUUAAAAUUUAAAACUGAAACUCUCAAAUUGUCUAAUAUCUUAUGAGUUAGUUAUGGGUACCUCUCGAAAAAUGUGGAGAACCCUUGGGAAGGCCCAUAUAGGCCUCUAAGAAGGCUGUAUCUUUCUCAAUAUCCCUCCGAUCCUUGAGCGGAAUAUCUUUAAUUAAUCGCAGUUCAAUUUUGAAUAAAUCUGCAUCCAAAACUGACAAUCAAUUUUUGACUCCAUUUUUAAGAAAUUUUUGUUGCGGAACCCCCUUUAAAAAGUGGAAAACCCAAGGAAAGACCCAAUUCUGAAUAAAUCUAGAUAAAAAUCGAAAUCUUAAUUUUUUGAUAAAAUGUUUGUGAAUUUUUCUGGGGGAACCCCUUUGAGAACCUGAGGAGGAAACCCAUGGGAGGCCCAUAUUAUCUCCUAUGAAGGCUGUAUCCCUCCAAUUCUUGAGCGGAAUACCUUUAAAGAUUUCUAAUUCAAUUCUGAAUAAAUCUGCAUCUUAAUCAGAAAUUUCAUUUUUGGAUUCAAUUUUGGUAAAUUUUUUUGAAGGACCUCCCUUCGAAAAUGUUAAGGACACAUGGAAAGGCUCAAAUAGACCACUACGAAAGUUGUAUCUCUGCCAAUAUCCCCCUGAUUCUAGAGGGGAUUACCUUUAAUUAAUCGUAGUUCAAUUCUGCAACAAAACCUGCCAUGAAAUUUUCUCAAAAACUUGAAACCUUGUUUUAAUUUUAAUUAUAUUUUGUAGACCAUAUUGGUGAUGCUAUUCACUCACCCCGGAGUGUGUUCAGUGGAGGAACAUUAACAUCCAUAUCAAUAGGCAAAUUAGCGUUUAUCAGAACAACAACAACAACAACAACAACAACAAUGACAUUAGCUGCAACAAUGCGUGUCGUGGUUUUGUUUACAAAAAUCGUCUUCAAAAGAGAGCGCCGGCUGGCCCCCACGGUCACUGCUGGUUGGAGCUCUCUCUCUCUCUCUCUCAUUCUCUCUCUGGCUGAGAGAGAGAAAAGUGGGGAGCAGGUGAUGAGUCGGCGAAGGGGAGGUGGAGGCGGAGGGGGAGGUGGAGAACGAACGAAGCCCAUGAAGAAAUCAUAGGCGCGCAUUCGCACGGCGAGUUUCAGUGCUAAUUUUAACGGCGCCGCGUUGACUGUUUUCUCGCCUUAUUGCGGUUAUUUUCCUUAUUUUCCACUUGCUUCCCGAGCACUGAGUACUGAGUUCAAUUUAAAUUAGUUAACACUGUGCCUUUGUAUGUGAUAACAACAAACCAACAACAAACAAGCAAACAAACAAACAUAAAGAGAGUGACAUUGCUCAGGGACUGAGAUUUAAACCUCCAAGAAUAAACAAA